AGAGAAAAAAAAAAAUAAUCGAGUAACGGAAAAAAAUGUUAAAAUUAUUAUUUUUACUUUUUUGUGGCGGAUUUAUUGGGGUCGCAGGUGAGAUCUUGUGUCCACCUAACGAAACCUUAGUUCAAGGCAAAUGCCGACCCCUGGUGGCCGAUGUGUACUGUGACAAUGUGAAAUGUGGUGAAAAUAUGAAAUGCGAUGAAUGGAAUCAAUGCAUUUGCCUGGAAGGCUAUAUGGAAUACCUCGAUGAAGAUGAUGGCAUGAAAAUUAAAUGUGCCAAUUUGGAGGAGAGUGUUGUGGACUAUACUACGGAAAAUUUUUUCAUUGGUGAAAAUUUCGGAAGUGUGGAAAGUGUGAAAAAAUUUAUUUCAACUCCCGAUUUUGGGGAAGUUACUGAAAGUUCCAAAAUUGGACAAAAAGAAAAAUUAGAAGAGCCACGGGAAAAUGUAAAAGAAAAUAAUUUUGAAAAAGAAAAACUCCCAAAAAAUAGUGAAAACCAAAUUUCCAACACUGGCCUUAAAAGAGAGGAAUAUAACAGCAGCCGGUCUCCGGAAAAAAUGUUGUCGGAAAAAACUAUUUUAAAAUCUAUUGAAAACGUUUUACCAUCCGAAGAAGUGGAUGAAUAUUUUGAACGAAAUUCUCCUCAAAAUCCUGGGGAAGAUUUAGAAAUUCAAGGCCGUGAGAAAAAUAAAAGUGAAAUAGAUUUCAAAAAUAUUGAAAAAGAAAAAUUUUCCAAAGACUCCCAAGAACUUGUCGAAAAUGGCGCCCAAUCGGGGGAAUCUUUGACAAAUAAAAACGGAAAUGCCAGUGAAAACGAUAUAUCAAAGGAAGAAGAGGCAGAUGAAUUUGAACAAAAUUCUCCUCAAAAUCCUGAGGAGGAGUCAGAAAUUCAAGACCAUGAGAAAAAUAAAAGUGAAGUAGAUUUUAAUAGUCGUGAAAGAGAAAAUUUAGCUAAAGGUCCCCAAGAAAAUUCCAAUUCCGAGGAUAUAGAAAAUGGCGCCCAAUCGCGAGAUUCUUUAAGAAAUGAAAACGAAUAUUCGAGUGAAAACGAUAUAUCAUUGGAAGAAGAGGCCAAAGAUUUUGAACGAAAUUCUCCCCACAAUCCUGAGGAGAAUUUAAAAAUUCACGACAGGGAGAAAAUUGAAAGUGAAUUAGAUUUCGAAAAUCGAAAAACAGAAAAUUUCUCCAAACGCCCCCAAGAAAAUUCCAAUUCCAAGGAUAUAGAAAAUGGCGCCCAAUCGCGAGAUUCUUUAAGGCAUAAAAGCGGAUAUGCAAGUGAAAGCGAUAUGUCAUCGGAAGAAGAGACGGAAGAUUUUGAACGAAAUUCUCCUCCAGAUCCAGAGGAGGAUUCAGAAAUUCAAGAUCGUGAGAAAAAUAAAAGUGGAGUAGAAAAUCGAGAAACAGAAAUUUUUUCCAAAGGACUCCAAGAAAAAUCGAAAGAUCCUCAGCCUAUCCUCAAGGAAAAUAAAGUUGAACAUGGCGCCCAAUCGGGGGAUUCUUUGACAACAGAAAAAGGAUAUGCAACAGAAAUUUUUUCCAAAGGACUCCAAGAAAAAUCGAAAGAUCCUCAGCCUAUCCUCAAGGAAAAUAAAGUUGAACAUGGCGCCCAAUCGGGGGAUUCUUUGACAACAGAAAAAGGAUAUGCAAAUGAAAACAAUAUAUCAUCCGAAGAAGGAGCGAAUAAUUUUAAACAAAAUUCUCCUCAAAAUCCUGAAGAGGAUUUAGAAAUUCAAGACCGUGAGAAAAAUAAAAGUGAAGUAGAUUUUGAAAAUCCGGAAAUAGAAAAUUUCUCUAAAGGCUCCCUAAAAAAUGCCAACGAUCCUCAGCCUACUCUCAAGGAAUAUACACUCGAACCUAUAGAAAAUGGCGUCCAAUCGGGGGAUUCUGUGACGAAUGAAAACGAAUUUUCGAGUGAAAACGAUAUGUCAUCGGAAGAAGUGAAGGAAGAUUUUGAACGAAAUUCUCCUCAAAAUCCUGGGGAGGAUUCAGAAAUUCAAGACCGUGAAAAAAAUAAAAGUGAAGUAGAUUUCGAAAAUCGAGAAACAGAAAAUUUCUCCAAUGGCCCUCAGAAAAAUUCCAACGAUUCUCAGCCUACUCUCAAGGAAUAUACACUAGAACUUAUUGAAAAUGGCGCCCAAUCGGGGGAUUCUUUCAGGAAAGAAAACGGACAUGCCAGUGAAAAAGAUAUAUCAUCCGAAGAAGAAACGAAUGAUUUUCAACGAAAUUCUCCUCAAAAUCCUGAAAAGGAUUUAGAAAUUCACGACAGUGAGGAAAAUAAAAGUGAAGUAGAUUUCGAAAAUCCAGAAACUGAAAAUUUCUCCAAAGGUCCCCAAAAAAAUUCGAAAGAACCCCAGCCUACUUUCAAGGAAUAUACACCCGAACAUAUGGAAAAUGGCGCCAAAUCAGGAAAUUCUCUUCAAAAUCCUGGGGAAGAUUCAGAAAUUCAAGACCGUGAGAAAAAUAAAAGCGGAGUAGAUUUCGAAAAUCGAGAAAUUGAAAAUUUCUCCAAAGACCCUCAAAAAAAUUCCAACGAUCCUCAGUCUAAUCUCAAGGAAAAUAUAACCGAAUAUAUAGAAAACGGCGCCCAAUCGGGGGACUCUAUGACAAAUAAAAGUGCAAUUGCAGAGCCCGAAAGCUAUAGGGACCACGAAAGCCAUAUUGAAAAAAUGCAGGUGUCCCCGGAGCAGAAUCAAGAAAUCCCCAAAAAAUUCGGGGAAUAUGAACAUCCCACAACUACAUCUCAAAAGGAAGACAAGGACAUUGAAAAUCCCAUUGAUCUGGAAACUGAGGUCGUGUCAGAUGAUGAUGAGAGGAAAAUAUCAGAUGGAAAACCUAAGGAAAAUCAGGAAUUAAAAAUGGCCAACCCUGCCGAUGAGAAGUUGCCAAGUCCGGAAAAUAAUGAAGAGGAUAUUUCCAAACAAGAACUGGACUUAGGUUCCAAUAAUUUUUUGGGAGAGGAAUUUGUAACCCCACCAAGCUCCGAGGAGUUUAAACCAAAUCUGAAGCUUAAUGAAAAUAUUGAAAGUCGUUUUCAAUUCCCUGACCCAAGUUCGGCUACAAAUAAAACUUUGGAUGAGGAAAACGAGAGGCCAUUGGCUCCGUCCGAUGUUGAAGUAAAACAUGAAAAAGCCAACGAAAACCAAGAACCGGCCAUUUUGUUUUCAGCAAUUCAAAAUGAGCCAGGAUCUGUAGCAUUUUCUCCGAAAUCUGAAAAUUCUCGAAACGAAAAAUCUUUAGAGCCUACAAAUGAUAGCAAAAUUCCUACAACAACAACAACAACAACUUUGGAACCCAAAAAUCUCCACCUCAUUAACUUCGAAGAGCCCUUAGUAGGAGAUGCCCAGAAAAUUCCCUCCGAGGUUGGCCAUGAGUUAAUAGUUCCCUAUAAUGCUAAGCCGCAGAUUUUUAGUGAAAUUUCUGAACUUGAACAAUUGCCAAAUGCAACAGAGAGUUCAAGAUCCGUAGCUCUGGAAACAAAAAAUUGGACCAGCUCAACACAAAGAUCCACAUCCGGUGAAGACAUAUCAGACUCUAAAAAAGGUCACGAGACGGAUCAGAAUCGACAUGAUGAAAAGAGAUCAGAUACCAUAACUUCUGAGAGAGGAACAGAAUAUCGGAGCAGCACAACGGAAGUAAAUCCAAGCGGGGUAUCGCAAGCCAAUGUCACAACCGAAGGAGAAUUUAAUGGAGAGUCAGAAGAGAAUCAGAGUCGAAAUGAAGAAGAGAGACCACAUUCCAUGUCACUGGGGCGGGGACAGAUUAAAAUAAAAGAAUAUAGUUCUACUACCAGUACAACUGAAAAGAAUCUGAGGAGCCUUGACGAAUCCAGUGUGCCAUCCGAAGGAGAACUUCAUGAAAUAUUUGAUGAAAACCAAGGUGGAAUUGAAAAGGGUAGCCGAUCCCCCACGGCAUCGCAAAGUGAAAAAGAAAAUGCUUCGAAAGAGAAGGGACAGAUUCCAAAUGAAGAAGAGAGAUCAACUAUCAUUGCUUCGGAGAGAGAAAGAGAAUAUAGGCCCAGCAUUACUGAAAAGAAUCUGAGAGGCCUUACCGAAAUCAAUGUGCCCUCCGAAGGAGAACCUGAUGAAAGCUUGAAUGAAAACCAAAAUGGAAUUGAAAAGGAGCGGCGAUCUUUCACAGCAUCUCCGGGUGAAAGAGAAGAUACUUCGAGAGAGUUGGAGACGACUGAUGAAAGAAGUGAUUCAGCUGAGAAUUUGGAUGAUGUUGAAGUGUUGUCGGAAAAACUAAAUCGUUUCGUUGGCAGCCAAAUGACAAUGCCUGAAAAUUACAAAGAUCACGAAAAUGAGGAAGAUAAUUCGGAAGAGAAACAAAAUCACGGGCAAAAGGAGAGAACAUCUCAGAACGAAUCAGAAAUAGGGAGAGAAUAUUGGCUUAGCACAACAGAAGCAGUCUCCGAAAAAAUUUCGAUGGAAAAAAAUGUUGGAUUGGAAGAAAAAUUCAAUUCAGAUUCUCAUCUCCCUGAAAGAUACACUCUGGGGGAGGUAGAGAGCAGUAAAGGCUCCUCUGAAAAAAUUGAUGACGUCAGAGUGGUAGCUGAAGAGCCAAGUGCUUUUGUUGGCAGUACAACGAAUAUACCCCAAGAUUUCAGAGAGAAAGAAAGUUUGGGAGCGGAACCAAGUCAACAGGAAGGAGAGAGUCUCCAUUCCACAGCCUCGGAAUUUGAAAGAGAACUGGCAGAGAUAAGUAGUAAUAAAUCUCCCAAAGAAAACAUUGCGUCUAAGGAAAAAUUCGUCAACUCCGAUUUUAUUCUCCCUGAAAGUGUUGCUCCCGAGAAGUCGGCGACCAGUAUUGAUUUCUCGGAAAAUUCAAAGGAAAGGACGCAAGAUUCCAAAAAUUAUUCGGAAGAGAAACAAUCUCAAGAGAAAGAAGAGAAAACAUCUUCCACAGAAUCUGAAAUAGGAAGAGAAUAUUGGCAUGACACAACAGAAGGACUUCUCAAUAGAUUUUCGAUCGGAAGAAAUGUUGGAUUAGAAGAAAAAUUGAAUUCGGACUCUAGGCUCCCGGAAAGAAAAUCUCUAGGAGAGUUUGAGACAAAUGACCAAAAUUUUUCGACAGAUAAUCAAAGUCAACAGGAGAGCCCCUCAUCCACAGCAUCUGAUAGCCAGAGAGAACAAUUACCUCGCACAACUGACAAUAUCCUAGAGGAGGAAUUUCCAUCUAAAGAAAAAAUCAAUUCGGAUUCUAAUCACCCUGAAAAAAAUACUCUGGCAGAGAUGAAGAAAACUGAAGGCGUCACUGAUUCGAAUUUUUUGAGAGAGCCAGAACACGAUUCCUCGGAAAAUUUCCAUGACAUCGAAGUGUUGUCUGAAAAUCAAAAUGGUUUUGUUGGUAGCCAACUGAAAAUGUUGAAUGUUUCCAAUGCUGAGGAAAUCGGCGUAGAAUCGGAACCACAAAACAAUUCCCAAGAAGUUGAUUCAAAUGGAAAUUUCGCUAAGGACCAGCAUCCGUCAUCUUCAUUGGAUGUCGAUGAGAAAAAAGUCAAAGGAAAAAUCUCCCAAAUUCAUGAGGAGGCUUCAAUGUUUAUGGAAAUGGACAAAAGAAACGGCAUUGCCGAAGAAAUUCAGGAUCUUCAUAAAUCAAGAACCUCCAAUCAAUUGGCUGUUGAAAACCCAGAAAACUUCGGUGGGGAGGCAGUGAUAGACAAGCAUUUGGAUGUCGGAGAGCAGAAUGAAAGACCGAUGGCAGAAAUAAAUCCCAACAAAAAUAACAACAAUGAAGGGUAUUCCGAUCAAGAUUCAAAACCAGGCCAUGACACCUAUCAAAUUCGAGAAGAUAUUCCAACUGAAUUUGAAAAUGACCCUUCUCCGGAAGCUACUAGAGAAUGGGAGAGAGAAAAACAAUUGCCGGAGAGUAACUUUAAAAAAAUCCAAAACAAAGAAAAUAAUUCUCAAAUGCAGAGAGAACUUCAGAGCGAACAUUUUACCACGAUCUCUAGUCUCGAACACCAAAGUGAGUCCGAACGUAAAGAAACUUCGACCUCCAGUCUUCAACACCAAAAUGAGCCAGAACAUAAAGGAACUUCUUCGCCAGAUGGAAAAGAAAGACAAUUUGUGGAUCAGUAUUCAACCACCAGAAGUCAUGAAACCCAAACCGAGCCUGAACCCAAAGAAACAUUAUCCUUAAAUGGAAAAGAGAGAGAAUUUAAAAGUCAAGAUUUAACCCCAACCUCCAGGCUUGAACAUCAACAAGAUCCUGAAGUUCACGACAAAAAUGAGAGUUUAGAUCAUACAAAAACCUUGGAACUCCAGCAUCAGAAAGCCCCUGCAAUCACUCACAAUUAUUUCAAGAGCGAAGACCCAAAAAGCCCAGGAAAAGAGGAGGAAAAUCCCGAUACAACAAUUACAACAACAUCUACAUCAAGCAGGGAUGGUAAUUUCACGGAAACAUCUACGAAGACCACCAGCGAAGAAAUAAACUCCUCCUCCACCCAAGAAGAAUUUGUAGAUCCUUCAACUGGCAAGGAUGAGUCCCUAGAAUUUAUAAAAAAUAAUCCAUCUCAAAUAUUCGCUCAAAAUGCUUCACAGGACCUCAAAGAUCAAAAUGCUAUCAGCGAAAAUAAUAUGAGGAGCGAAAAUGUCCUCCAAGGAAAUGGAAAAACAAUUUCACCACAUUAUCCCGAGAAAGCCCAUCAACAAGAAAGUCCUGUCCACCAAGAAGAUUCAUCUAAGAAAGCCGAUUGUGAGGAUAUUAUCUCAUCCUCCCAAGAAGAAGAUGUGGAUUCUUCAAUUGGCAAAGAUGAGUCCCAGGCAUUUAUAGAAGAUAUUCCAUCUCAAAUAUUUGCUCAAAAUACUUCACAGGACCUCAAGGAUCAAAAUGCCAUCAGCGACAAAAAUAUGAAAUUUAAAGAAGGUAACCACAAUAUUAUGAUCGGAACCAAAGUGGAGUAUAUACCCCAAGAUAAUGUGACAACAAUUUCACCACAAUAUCCUGAUAAUGGCCUUCGUCUGGAAAAUACCGACCACCUGGAGAGUGAUAUAGAAAAUGGAUUGUCCACGGAGGAGCACAAGGAUCCCGUUAUUUCGUCUUCGUUUAAUGACAAUGUCCAGAAGCCAACAAUUUCCUUACAAUAUCCUGAGGAUGUCCUACCACAAUAUGCCGAGAAAAAUCUUCGUCUGGAAAAUACCAUCCACCAAGAAAGUGAAACAGAAAAUGGAAUUUCCUUGGAGGACAAGCACAAGGACCCACAAUAUCCUGAGGAUGUCCUUCCACAGUAUCCUGAAAAAACCCUUCGUCUAGAAAAUACCGACCACCAGGAAAAUGAAACAGAAAAUGGAUUGUCUAUAGAUGACCACAAGGACCCCUUUAUAUCGCCUUCAUUCAACGUCGGUAUCCAGCAGUCAACAAUUUCUCCACAAUAUCCUGUAAAUGUCCUUCCACAAUAUCCUGAGAAGGAGCUUCGCCUGGAAACUCCCGCCCACCAAGAAAGUGAAACAGAAAAUGGAAUUUUCUUGGAGGACAAGCACAAAGACCCAAAAUAUCCUGUGGAUGUCCAUCCACAAUAUCCUGAAAAAGAGCUUCGCCUGAAAACUACCGCCCACCAGGAAAGUGACACAGAAAAUGGAAUUUCCAUGAAGGAUAAGCACAAGGACCCACAAUAUCAUGAAGAUGUCCUCCCACAAUAUCCUCAGAAAGAGCUUCGUCUGGAAAAUACCGCUCACCAAGAAAUUGAAACGGAAAGUGGAAUUUCCAUGGAGGACCAUAAGGACACCUUUAUUUCCAAAAUACCAAAUUCCAGCCAUUUUACCUCUUUGUCCAAUGACUCAGAGGAAAAAUCCCCAGAAGAAGAUACUUCGGAACUUGAAAAUAGUUCUCAGCCUGAGGUUCUCCCAAAAAUUGGAGGUGGUGGAAAUUCGGAAAUUACCCCCCAAAAAUCGUUACCACCAACUACAGCAGAUCCUUCAAACUUUGAGAUGAACGCUGGCGCUGCAAACUCUGCUGGAAGAUUGGUUCCGACUACUGCAAAUCCUCAUCUUCAAAAUUCCACAAAAUCUCGAGGCAUUGUGACAAAUGUAAAAGUCACAACUCUGGGCCCAGAUUCCCAUACAUCCAGGCCUAUAGAUCCCGCAGCUGUAGGGAAGUCUACUACAGGGUCUCCCAUUCAUAAAUCUCAAGGUACUUCAAGCAAGGAAGAUGACUAUAAAAAAGAACUUGCUUUGGAAAACGCCGUGGUGGUGAAAACCGCAUCCAAAGACACAUCGAAUAAUCCUGGGAACAGCGGGGGACACCAAAUUCUGACAGAUGCCUCCGGGGAGAACACUGUUCCCGUGGGUACGGAGACAGGAUCAACGAAGGGCUAUGAUAUGCCUAAGGAUAAUAAUAGAAAUCAUGCCGAUUUUGUGGAAAAUCCUAUUCCAAUAGAGGAUGCAAAGUCUCCUUUCAAUAAUCAUGAAUCUGGAGUGAAGUAUUACCAAGAAGAGGACGACGACGAAACUGAAAUUACAACACCCACAUCGGGAUCCUCAGUGACGGCUGUUCACAAUCUUGAAGAGACCCAAAUAAGAACACAGACCCCCGAACCAAUUGUUACUGGAAAAUUCGGUAUAUACAUACCCGAGGAUGAUAUGACCAAUUCCCAAACGGAAAAGCCAAGGGAAAUUCUUCCCUCAGAAUCCUUGAUAAGUGAGGGAAAUAUCUUAGUCAUUCAUGAUUCUUACAACCGGCCUAAGCCUCUGCCUACUACAGCUGGUCCAAUUUUGAAUGCUAGCAAGGAAAUGCCUAAAAGCAUGCAGGAGAAACCAUCUACUAAGAGAAAGACGAACAAGGAAAUCGCUGAAAAUUCGAAUGCUUACCCAAAACUAGAUACCGAAGCUCAAUAUACUGUGGCGGUGGUACCUAACGUACCGUCAAGAAAUCAUAAGGCAAUUUCAAAUACAACGCCUAAAACUAUGCAGCAGUCAUUGAACACAGAGCAGAUAUCAUCAAACCAGUAUAAAAAGAAGCCAGGAUUGGCUUCCAUAGAUCCUAAUGCCGCUUCCCAGACUAGUUCCAAACCAAAGACAACAAAUUUAAAAUCUGAUCUGGAUGACCACAAGAUGGAGAGCUCAACAGAAACUAUGCCCAACGGCUUGAAUGCUUCUCAUCCCAGCAUAAAAGGAAUGUCAUCCGAAGAAGUAAAUCCUGCAGAUGUAGCUAAAAUUUUAGAUGAAACUUUAGCUGUAAUUGAUGAUAAAUCGCAGACUCCAUCAACGGAAUCGGUCCUGAUGACCACAAGAAAUGUUCCGGUUGGUAAGAUUGCCUCGCUUUCAGAAGAAGAGAAAAAGGAAGAAUUUUCCGGAAACGCUAUCUCAGUCUCUCUCAAUCUUCAUAACUCUAAUAAAACUUCUUUGGAAUUAAAUCCCAAAUAUUUUGGUGAAAACGUAAAGGAGAAUUCAAAUCAGACAGCUGAUGAUGCUCCUAAAAAUAUGCUACACAUUUCAAACAAAAAUACUGAAAUGCCAAUGGAUAGGACGCAUUUAGCUUCCACGGAAUCAGCGCUGUUGGAAAAUGAAGAAUCUUCUCAAGUAAAUAGUACGUCUGGGAUGUUUGCCCCACAUGAAAUUGAGUUCAAGACCUUCAAUAAAUCUAUUUCAGAAUUCGCGCCCAAAAGUAUGCCUCACAUUGUAAAUGGACAUCCAAUAUCUGAGAUACAAACCUCUUCAACGGAAUCGAGUGCAUUGCAGGAAAGAGAAUUUUCCUCUGAGGAAGAAAAUUUGAAUUCGAAUACUAACGGCUCUUUAACACAAGAUUCCGAAGCCCAGGUACCAAUGGACCACGGUUCUGUAAAAAUUGAUAGCCAUGGAUCCAGUACAGUCAAAAAUGAGACACUUGAAAAUGAGCUUCAAACUUCAAACGCAAAUUCCAAUGAAAGCAUAAAGACCAAAGCAGGAAAUCAAGAUUCCGAUUCUACCAUAGAAAUAGCGAAUACCUUACCCAGAGUCCCGCUAUCUCAAAAUGGCGAUUCACAACUACGAGGAAAUGAAAUGAUGUCUAACUCAAUUAUCGGCAAUGGGGAUGAGAAGAAAAUUGCAUUUGAAGCUGGCAGAAAUUCCCCGACCACAGUAAGCCCUAAGGAUAGUGAUUCGUCCUCAAACUCAAGUUCCAGUGCGCAUUUCGUACCAGAAUUUAAAUCGUUCUUCAAUAUUUCACAACAUGGAGAAGAGAAUUCCAAGUCAAAGGAUACCGAAGACUCCAGUUCAGAAAUGCAAACAACUCUGAAGCCUGAGAAUUAUGAUCUCCUUUUGGAGAAAACCCUCAAAGUUGAGCCAUAUUCAGGAACUCUCAAUGCCAAAAAUGCCGACGACUUUAGUUCAGAAAAGAUUGUCAACUUCGCAACAACUGAAGCUGAAGAGCUGCUGGGUGAGAAAAAUCCUCCAGAGUUAAUAUCUAAUGUCUCUGACCACGGAGAAAGGUUCACAUCGACAACAAUGGAACCUGAAGAUUUUCUGGGGGAGAAAAACCAUCUGGAGCCCAAUAAUAAUGCCUCAACACCUGAAGACUCCCAUUACGAAGAAAAUCUCACCACCACAACAAACGAACCCGGGACAACGUCUCCAACGACUGCAGAGGCCUCUGUGCCACUGCGAAUUCCCACAUAUUUAAAUGCCGAAAAUCCUCCCAAAGAUAAUGCCAAUGGAAAUGACAAUUCUUCGAUUGGGUCUACUGGCCAAAAUUUAGAUUCUCAGGCCACGGAAUUUACCAGCCCAGGAAUCGAGGAGAUCAUUUUAAUUAAUGCAGAAAAUCCACUCAAAAAUAAUUCCCAUGGAGAUGAAUAUUCUUUAAUUGGAUCCACUGGCCAAAAUUUAGAUAAUCAGAUCUUAGAACUCACCACCUCAUCUAUUGGCCCAAAAGUCAAGGAGAGCAAUUUAAUUAAUACAGAAGAUCCACUCAAAAAUAAUUCCCUUGGAGAAGAAUCCACAAGCCAACAUUUAGAUAAUCAGGCCUCAGAUCUCACCACCCCCUCUAUUGGCCGAGAAACCAGGGAGAGCAAUUCCAUUGAUGAGAGCAACAGGGGAGACAAAAAUGCCAGCACAAUUUGGAGAGAAAUCACACCACAUACUGAAGAUACUUCAGGAGAGAACUCUUCCUCCAACGCCAUUACAGAGCACCAAAAAGUCACAGCUACAGAAUUCGACCUCGCCCAAAGGUUGGAAACACAUUUUGCCACAGACAGGGAAACUAAUAAAAAUUCAGACCAUUCGCUUCCGGAUUUAUUCAGUACUACAACCACAAAUGAUUUUCAAUCUGAAGAUAUUGCUGGCAGAGCUUCAACAGAAGACUCGAAGGUUCAAAAAGUUGAACCCAAGACCUUGGGGGAAAUGGCAGGUCAUUUUUCCAUGGAUAUAGAUUUUGAUGAAAUUCCGGGCACUACAACUUCACACGAAAACACACAAGAGGAGGUCAUUGAUUCCAAAUCCGCAAGAGGAAAUUCUCAGCAAUUUGAGACCUCAAGUGAUGUCGCGGAGAACUCAAAGAAUUCGAAAUCGAGAAAUGCGUUCGAAGGAGUUACAAGAUUGUCAGCGAACAUUUCUAAGGGGCUCGAAAAUAAUCUGACUUUAGAGGAAUUUGGAACUUCAACAUCCAAAAUAUCUGUGAAAUUACCGAUCAAUUUAACAUCUGAUCAGACUUUGAAGGAAGUUGAAACUCCAAAAAUAUCUGAGGAAUUACCUAUCAACCCAACAUCUGAUCAGGAGUUGGAGGAUACCUUAACUUCGCCUACCACUCCGCAUACCAAUGAAGACAUCUUCGAAAUGUUCAACAACAAAAAUCGAUCCGAUGAGAAGACUGAGAACUCUUUGGAAAGUAAUUCCUCAGGGGAGGCAGGGUCUUCGUCCUUGUCAUCGAAAACACACAAUUUUGACACAACAACGACAUCUAUAUUUGAUAAAAUAUUCAAACAGCUCAACUUUUCUGAUGCGGAUACCAAGGAGAUUGAGAGUAAUUCCUCGGAAAGUAAUUCCUCAAAGGAGGCAGCUUCUGCGUCCUCGUCAUCGAAGACAGAUAACUUUGAUGGGUAUGACACGACAGCGACAUCUAUAUUUGAGGAAUUGUACAAAACAUUUAAGCAACAGGACAGUUCUCCUAGUACGGAAACCAAGGAGAUUGAGAAGUCUUCGGAAAGUAAUUCCUCAGAUGAAGCAGCUUCUGCGUCCUCGUCAUCGAAGACAUAUAACUUUGAUGACUAUGACACAACAGCGACAUCUAUAUUUGAGGAAUUUUACAAAACAUUUAAACAACAGGGCAGUUUUCCUAAUACGGAUAUUAAGGAGAUUGAGAAGUCUUCGGAAAGUAAUUCCUCAAAGGAGGCAGCUUCUUCGUUCUCAUCAUCUGAGCCACACAAUUUAGAUGAGUAUGAGACAGUAACGACCUCUAUAUUUCAGGAAUUGUACAAAACAUUCAAACAACAGCACAACCUUUCCGAUACGGAAAAACAAAAGCCUCCUCCACAGACAACAACAGAGAGGACAGGGAACUUUUCAGGGACUGACAAUCAAUCAAAAAAUCAGACCACCACUGCCCUACCUCUUUCUGAGGGAACUUUGGAAGGCCAGCAAGGCACUUCAAAGGAAGAUAAAAAUUCCUGGACAAACGCAGGCAACACUGAAGUUCUAAAUGUAAAUGAAACUUCUCUCAGUGGCGGAGAGAAUUCAGACAAAGAAACCAUCUCUUCGAAUGCCAACAAAUACAACACUGAAGAAAAUGAGACAACGGUGAGAAAUAAUCCCAACAAAAUUCUCAUUGGCAAAACUCAAAAAGAGAGAGAAAAAAUUCUUAAAGAGAGUGGAGCAUACGAAACAACUACCACAGAAUACAACUUAGAAAAUAACAACAACACUACCUCCACUACCAAGCAAAGCAACCAUUCAAAAUUAACAACUGUUCUGCGGUCAAACACCACAACCCUUCCGCCUAUACACGCCAAGGAGGCAAAUCAUAUUCCCAAAAAUCGCCGGAAACCCAUUAUGACUUAUGCUCCGCCGCCCAAUGAAAAUGAGCAUGAAAACACUACACGAUCUAACGACCUGGCGGAUUAUUGUUUAAAGCCGGAGAAUAUUUGUUCGCCACUGUGCUGUGGUGAAAAUACUGUCUGCAGCAGUCAACAGGGUUGCCAAUGUCGGGAGGGAUUUAGGGAAAUGGCUGGGGAAAACAGAACAAGGAAGCAUUGUGUAGCUGUCAGCGCGGAACCCCAUAAAAUACCAUCUUCAUAUAUUUUCAUUGGUGUCAUUUGUUUAAUUUUAGCUUUAAUUUAUAUGAGUGUAAAAUAUUUCAAUGUUACUCAGGUCGGUAGGCAUAAUGUUUGAACCUAGAAUUAGAAGUUCCUUUAAUUUAUACGUGU